UCCCUAACAUUAGCUGUCAGAAACUCAAACUGGCCUCUCGCCAGACAAGACGUAAUUCACUACAGAUCGGAGUAAAGAGAGGAAGGGGUGGCGGCAAGUUUAGUAACCCUUCUCUUUGCAGAUGUAAAAGAUAAUUUCUAUGCACGGGGGCUAUCAAAGGGCGGGGAGAGGAGGACAGAGUAACUCCAGAGAGUGUCAGCUUUUCUCACGGUUUAUCUACAUUUUAGUGGUAUAGUUAUCGGAAUGUCCCAACAACUACGGAUGUGGGGGUGCAUCAGUACAUGGUGCCACUUAGUUGUGCUGACCCUCAUCACCUCUGCGAGGGUGGCAGCCAGGGAUGCCGAAGCUGGUGCUACAGCUGCCCAAAUCCGCAGUGUGCGCUGCACCUCGCGCUGCCUUGCUCUGCACAUCACCCAACUUACAUCCUCUUUUGGCAACUUGCAGAAUGAUGACAUUUUGAUGUGGUGCAAGAAUAAUAGGAGAUGUUCUCAGUGUUUGCUGCCGUGCACUGAACAAUUGGACCUGGGAAGAAAUCAGUGUCAGAAGAAAUGUGAGAAGCAUCAUGAGUGCAUAACCAGCUGUGAAUUUCUAAAAUCAGUACAAGCAGUGAAGCAGGGGGAUUGCCCUCUACCACAAAAAGCAUCGGGAUUUGCAGCUGCCUGUGUACAAAGCUGCAAUACAGAUACGGAGUGCUCUGGAACUAAAAAGUGCUGCCCCAAUGGAUGUGGUUACACCUGCCAGGCACCUGCAAGCAUUCAUAAAGGUGUUCCAUUAAAGCCAAGAAAGGAUAUGAUAUUUAAUGAAGAUACAACUGGAAAUCUACAAGUGUCUUGGAUGUCCAAAUUCAAUGUCACUGUUGAGCCAGUCCUUUAUAUUGUACAAAGACGCUGGAAUUAUGGGGCAUACCCGAGUGAAGAUGAUGCCACAGAAUGGCAGACAGUAGCAGUGACUACAGAGAAUCAUUUUCUUCUGAAAGACACACGGCCAAACAGAUGGUACCAGUUCAGAGUGGCUGCAAUCAACAUUCAUGGCACACGUGGUUUUACUGCUCCAAGUAAAUACUUCUGUUCUACAAGAGAUCCCUUGCCACCCAGCUCACCAAAGAACAUCAGAAGGGGCAACUUUACAACAAACCAUGACGGCACAAUAAAUGUCCAUGUUUACUGGGAUUCACCCCAAGAUGGUGAUCUGGCAGUUCAUCACUAUAAAGUCUUCUGGAACCAGUGGGUACCAAAAAAACGAGUGCUAUCUGCAAAGAAGGAUAACUGGAAAAUAUCAGAUGGAAAAGUUCCAGAAACUGAACUGGAAGGUUUGCAUUUGGGCACAAAGUACAUAGUGCAGGUGCAAGCUGUGGGUUACUGGGGACAGAAACGUCUGAAAAGCACCAAAUCACGACUCAUUUUUGAAAUUCCUAUCUCAGGUGAAAUUUCCAAGCCCCCCGCUCCCAUUGAUGAAGUAUCCAAUGAACUUCCAAUCGCUCAUGCUGUACCAGGCAGCAUAGAAAGCGUAGAUGUCACAGCCCCCCAUUAUUCCAACAACCAGCUGCAAAUUAAGGUCUACUGGAAGAAAGCAGAAGAAGAAAGCCAUGCUGGUGCAAGUACAUACCUCAUAAAGUGGAAACCAGUGCUGUGUACAGGAAACAUCUCAAGACCAGAAAACAAAGCCACAGUUCAGGAUACCCAUUUUGUUAUAAGUGGGCUGUUGUUUGCUUGCAAAUACAAGAUAACUCUGCAGCCAGUCACCAUAUGGAAUCAUGCAACGGAGGUCACAACCUUCCUGACAACUCCUAAGUGCAGUUCAAUAAAAGCCAGAGGUUCAAAACGUCUAAUCUGUGAUAGAGACGGCCAUCACCUUUCAUCCAGUAAGUUAAUGCUGAGACCAGCAAAAUUAGCUGCCACAUUCAAAGCAGCAAAUGGCUCCAUCAAAGGAGAAUUUCAUUGGCACGUUUUAGAAACACAGUCUUCACAGCAUUCAGUCACAGGCUUCCAGUUCAGCUGGGUUGAAAUUCCAAGUGAACACAGAAAAAGUCUACCAGAAGAUGGUAUUAUUUCCCAAACACAGAUACUUCCUUAUGAUCAGCCUUACAUCACAGUGGAGAAUCUCCAACCUAUGACUUCAUACAGAAUUCAAGUACAGGUACUUUCAACAGCAGGCGAUGGGCCAGCAACAUCGAAAGUCUUCCAAACCCCACAGAUCUUCACUACCAUUUCUUAAGGUGCUGCACUCAACUGAUGUGAAUGAAGCAGAGUCACAGCCUGUAAACGAACUUAACUAGAACAACAGUCAUCCAAAGAUAUCAUGAGCAUGAGUGCUGACCAAAAGGAACAUACAUGCUGCUUGUAGUAUCAGCAGGACGUCAUGCUUCAGCAGACAAUAGCCUGACUUUACAGACAACUGCAGGCACAGGCAUUUCAGUGUCACUGGCAAACCUUACUUUUCUGAAAAGUAACUCACUGUUAAAAUAUGUGGGAUGUUUAAUUUCCAGAAGAAAUAACUGCUGAAAGUGAAUGAUUUUGUUGCAACAUAAAGUACUUAAAAUAUCUUUCACCUGGAUGCUUUUUAUCACUAAGAUCCUGACCUGUAGCAGCUGUUUCUCCUGAAUAUGGCAAGUAAGCAAUGCACGUUUCAAACAACAGACUGAUAAGCCAAUGAACAGUUAAGACUGAUUUUAAAAAUUUACAAUUAAAGUCUCUAACUACACAAGUCAUGACAGUACAAAUUAAACUUAUUUAAAAAACAAAUAUGCAUGCUGUGCUCUUUGGGAUAACACCUGGGGAAGACUCUCAUAUACAGUGAGCACUUGUCCACUUGUUUGUGGCAGUUCUGCAUUGUGACAAAAGUGACUGGUGCAAGUUAAAGGAGUCUUCCAUCUGCUCUUCAGACACAUACUACCACCUUCCUACACUCACAGUUUCAGAGCUUCCAAGACAAGACCUAGAAGGUGCUGCUCUCUCUGCAGAGGAGGCACUAAAGAAGGUCACAGCUGAUGUUGGUAAAAAAAAGAUAUCAUAAAAGCAUUCAGUGAUUCAAAGUGGAGACUUUUGGUUUAAGUGAAGCAUACUGCUAUAAAGUUCUGUGUCUGUUCCAGCAGCUUGAAAAGGAAUUAUAGAUUAAAGAUCAUGUACUUCAUUCACUGAUAACUGAUUUACUGUUUAAUAAGAAAAAUAAAAAAAAAAUGAAUGUUCAUGAGGGAAAAAUUAUCUGAAAAGCUCCAAGGAGUGUACAUCAGAAUAUCUACCACUUUGACAAGAAGUAUACUAAGUUAUUAUAAUGCUUUUGUCAUAAUUAUGCUGUACUUGAUGCAAUUUAGUGACAUCUUGCAUUUAAAGAUUAUUAAAUAUGACUAAAACACUG